CGCCGAACCAAACUGCCAUUGCGUAUUGUGGAUAAACGGUCGCCAUUGGACUCACUCGCGAGCUGGGGCAGUUGCUUUUUCUUGCCAAUCACCACGCAAACUGUUUCGGGAAAUUGCCACCAGCAAUUUCAUCAGACUGAAAAGACGCGGUUCGAAAAGUAAAGUGCAUAGAGCGUUGUUGUGCGUAUCUGUGCGGUUUUGCUGUUACGGUACAAAGUUAGCGCGAUGGACGCCAGCAACGGGCAUAGCGAACGGAACCAAUCAAACAAUGCCAACAAGCCAGUGAAAUGUAACCAAAAUGUGCAGGUUUAUGUUCGUGUUCGGCCAACGAACAACCGGGAGCGGCUGAUACGCUCGAUGGAGAUUGUAGAGGUGGUUUCAACGCGAGAGCUUCACCUAAAGUCGAGCUACACCGACUCGCGAACGUCGAAAAAGUUCACCUUCGAUCGUACCUUUGCACCGAACUCGAAGCAACAUGAAGUGUACCAGGCGGUGGUGGCCCCGUACAUCGAGGAAGUCCUGUCGGGGUUUAACUGCACGGUUUUCGCUUACGGUCAAACGGGAACGGGCAAAACCUUCACAAUGGUUGGCGAGGAGGAGCCGGAACUAAGUGCGGCCUGGGAAGAUGAUACGCAGACUGGCAUCAUUCCGCGCGCGGUGAAUCAUCUGUUCGACGAGCUGCGGAUGACGGAGCUAGAGUUCUCGAUGCGCAUAUCUUACCUCGAGCUGUACAACGAGGAGCUUUGCGAUCUUCUUUCGACGGACGAUACGGUCAAGAUUCGGAUCUUUGAUGAUGUGCAGAAGAAGGGGUCGGUGAUCGUGCAGGGGCUGGAGGAGAUUCCGGUACACAGCAAAGAUGACGUUUACAAGCUGCUAGCGAAAGGUCAGGAACGUCGUAAGACCGCCUCAACACUGAUGAACGCCCAGUCGUCCCGAUCGCACACAAUCUUCUCGAUCAUCGUUCACAUCAAGGAGAAUGGAAUAGACGGGGAGGAAAUGCUGAAAAUUGGCAAGCUGAAUCUUGUCGAUCUGGCCGGAAGUGAAAACAUCUCGAAGGCGGGCAAUGAGAAAGGCAUCCGGACGCGCGAAUCGGUAAACAUUAACCAGUCGCUGCUUACGCUCGGUCGCGUGAUAACGGCACUGGUAGAGAAAACACCUCACAUACCGUACCGAGAGUCGAAGCUUACGCGCUUGCUGCAGGAAUCGCUUGGAGGGCGUACGAAAACGUCAAUCAUAGCGACCGUAUCGCCCGGCAACAAGGAUUUCGAAGAAACGCUCAGCACACUGGAGUACGCGCACCGCGCGAAAAACAUCCAGAACAAACCGGAAGCGAACCAGAAACUGUCGAAAAAGACGGUCAUCAAGGAGUACACGGAGGAGAUCGAUCGGUUGAAGCGCGAUCUAAUGGCAGCACGCGAUAAGAACGGUAUCUACCUGGCGGAGGAUACGUACAACGAGAUGGUUUACAAGUCGGAAGCGGCCACGAAAGAGCUGAACGAUAAGUCGGCUCUGAUAAAGGCACUCAAGGAGGAUCUGGCGAAGAAGGAAUCAAUCUUUAAGGAGGUCGCUUGUAGUUUGGCCGAACGCGAGGAGGAACUGCGCCGUACAGCGAACGAUUUGGGACAAACGCGCACGGAGCUGUCGAACACGAAGCGAAGCCUUUCGAAAACCAAACGAAGGUACGUGGAGAAGAAGGUGAUACUGGAGCAUCAUCUGCGCACGGAAGAAAUGCUCACCGGGCAAGCGAAGGAGCUGAUCAGCGUGGUAGAAACGGUGACGGAAGACACGAAUGGUUUGCACGAUACGGUAGAUCGUCGUAGAGAACUGGACAAUAGAAACAAGAGCGCUUCGGAGCAGUUUGUCGAUCGCGUGCGUGACCGCAUUCGAUCGAUACGGGAUGAUGUAGGCAAAAUGGCAGAAGAAUGUAAUCGGUUGACGGUGGAUAUGAACGUUGGAUGGGAAAGCUACAACCAGCAGCAAGAGCAAAUGCACAACGCAACCAAGGCACACCUUUCGGCGCUAGAAACCGUGAACCACAGCCUACUGCAACAGAACGCAACACUCGUGGAAGCGUUCAAGGCGGCGAUGGAAGAGAACAUGGAUGUUCGCCGGGAUGAAAUACUCCGCUUUCUCGCCCAAAUCGAACAGUCCCGUGGCGCACUGAUGCAAUCCUUUACCGGUACGAUGGAAAAGCUAAAGCUCGGUAUCCAAAGCACCCUGGACACGCAGUUCCAGCAGACGCGCAAACAGUUCGACCGUAUGAUCGUGCACGGCCAAACGCACGAUGCGAAAUGUGCCGAAUUUUGUCAAACCUUUACCGCACAGCUGGUUGAUCUCGAAGCGAUAACGUCCACCUUCGAAAGCCAUCACAGCCGUUUGCAGGAGUACGUGAAACAAUCGCACCACGAGCAGCAAAAGGACUUGGAAGCGGCGAAGGAGUUUGAGCAGAAUUUAAAGACCUACCUCGAGCAGCAGGUGACCGGUUUCAUGCAGCGAAUGGCCGCCUCGAAGCGUCAGCAGUCGCAGCUUUCACAGAUUGUGAUUGGCGUUUCCGACGAGUUGGCCAACCAAGAAAGGAAAGCCGCCCAACAGCUGCAGGCCAUUCGCGCAUCGAUCGAAGAGAAGACGAAAACGGUACAGGAAUCCACCGCGGAAAGGGACCGGCAUGUGGAAGAGUGUGGCGCAUUGGUACAGCAGCACCAGUCGGCGGUACUGAAAGAGCUUGCCAGUGUGGACCUCUCGCUCGUUGGAACGAACAGUCAGGCAAUUGCCAACGCGAUCGAGGAACAGCGCGUGCGAUUAUCUACCGCGCAGGCAGAAAGUCGUGCAAAGCUGCAUGAAUUCACCCAAAGCUUCGAAGCGCAGAAUGGGCAGCACGGACAAGCACAGGAGGAAAGUAUGGGCCGCGUGGUGGGUAGCUUACAGGCACAGCAAAGCUCAAGACAACAGUUUGGCAGCGCGACCUGUGGCCAUACGCAGUGCAUCGGCCAAACGAUCGGAUCGUACGAACGGCGCACGAAGGACGAACAGCUGCACGAGCUGCAGAGCGCAUUCGAGCGGUUCCACGAGACCGAUCUAACGUUCUACCAACCGACAGGCAAAACGCCGAUCCGCAAGAAGGUUCAGUACCCGCGGGACAUUGCCAUGACUUCGCCCGAUGAGCGUAUACUUCGACGCUUCUGGCGCGAACGGGGUAUGGCCGAGGUAGAUCUUUCUACCACAAUUUGUGAGGACAUGGAAGAGAUCAAUCCGCUCGAGAGAAGUGGUACGGUGAAGAUGCCCGAAAUACGGAACUCGACACCAUUGAUGCAGCGCUCGCACACGAUGAAUCUGGACGAGGAGCGGCAACAUUUCAAAGAGCUACAGAUUUCCAACAUCGGUUCGAAGAUUAAUUCCGUGCAAAUGCUGGAAGAAAGUGUGGAAGAAAACAAGGAGAACAAAGAGGAGCUCGUCAAUGGUGGAGACGUGGAUCGUGUGUGUGCGGAAAAGGGCAUUAAAAUAAGCCCCCAAAGUGGUCAAACCGGGCCGAUCAUCAUUACGCCGUAGUGGGAACGUCCUCUGCCAAGCGCGUUCUUUUGCGCGCAGCAAAAGACUUUACAAGUCUUUCGUCCUUGUUUAAUGCCCAUGGCUCUUGACCAGCGUGAGCUACUGCUUACGAAGCAGUUCUUCUCACUACCGAGUACCAGUAUAAAAGCACCCAAUUAUAUACAGUCAAAGUAACGCAAUUUUACAGCGAUCGUUAAGUUACACACACUCACACACACGAGUCGAGCAUCGCGUAUGUAAUAUAAUUUGAGAAUCAAUUUUAUCCUGUAAAAUGAUGAUGAUGAUGACGACGAUGAUGAUGGUAGCGCGUUAGUUUCGCACCGAAAAUCGCAAAUGUUUUAACAAAUACAACAGAUCAAUUUUAAUAAGCCUCACCGUCGGAAUCGCAACGUAUCCUAAUACAUCACUGUCCGGCAGUGCUUGUGAGAGGUUUCAAAUAAAAUAUGUUAACAAACGGUUUCUUUUGCACUAACACAGAACCAUAACGAAUGUUCGUAAA